UUAUAAUUUUCAAUAAUAUUUCUUUCCUUUUUUGUUGCUUUCCCCAUAGCCGCACUGUGUAUUUUCCUUCUUCCUCUUUUUCUCCGUCAUCCUACCUGUACAUCCGCUCCUCUUCCUCAUUAAAUUAAUCCUUUGAGUUUUACAGUAAUUAAUCUUGAUUAAUUAAUUAAAUUUAAAUUCAACCACAACGCAUCUCCCCAUUUCUCUUUAAUUAAAUUAAAUUUCUCCUUAAACCCUACCUUUUUAUUAACUCUGUUAAUGAGUUAGAGUUGAAUGACAUUAGGAGAUUUAAUGACUUCUCAAACAGCUGUUGUUGUGGAUCACGAAAAUGUAGAUAGGGUUAAUAUUAGGGAUUUGGAGGCUGGUUCUAGUAGUAUUAGUAAUAAUGGUGUUGUCGUUGAUAAUGGAAAGGCGGCGGCGAUGACGACGACAAGUAUGGUUUAUUUGCCACAAAAUGUAUGUUUUUGUGAGCUUCGACAUGACGCGUUCGAGGAUUAUGUGCCUUCAGGACCGGCUGAUACUGGUUUGGUCUCCAAAUGGCGGAUUAAGGACCGAAUGAAGACAGGAUGUGUUGCCCUUGUUUUGUGUUUGAACAUCAGUGUUGAUCCACCUGAUGUAAUAAAGAUAUCUCCUUGUGCUCGAAUGCAGUGUUGGAUUGAUCCAUUUUCUGUGGCACCUCAGAGAGCUCUUGAAACAAUUGGGAGAACAUUGAACGAACAAUAUGAGAGGUGGCAACCCAAGGCACGCUACAAGAUCUCCUUGGAUCCUACUGUUGAUGAACUUAAGAAACUUUGCACAACAUGUCGAAAGUAUGCCAAGUCAGAACGAGUUCUGUUCCAUUAUAAUGGACAUGGUGUGCCAAAACCAACACCCAAUGGUGAAAUUUGGCUAUUUAAUAAGAGUUAUACGCAGUAUAUCCCAUUGCCGAUCAGUGACCUGGACUCUUGGUUAAAGACACCUUCAAUCUAUGUCUUUGACUGCUCAGCAGCUGGGAUGAUCGUUAAUGCCUUUAUAGAGCUCCAAAAUUUGACUGCCUCUAGUGCCUCUGGCCCUUCUACAAGAGAUUGUAUUCUGCUUGCUGCCUGUGAAGCACAUGAGACGGUUCCUCAGAGUGCUGAAUUCCCUGCUGAUGUUUUCACUUCCUGCCUCACAACGCCAAUCAAAAUGGCAUUGAGAUGGUUUUGCACACGGUCAUUGCUUCGUGAGUCACUUGACUAUUCUCUGAUAGAUAGAAUUCCUGGCCGCCAAACAGAUCGAAAGACACCUCUUGGUGAAUUGAAUUGGAUUUUCACUGCGGUAACUGAUACAAUUGCCUGGAAUGUUCUACCACGUGAUCUAUUUCAGAGAUUGUUCAGGCAAGACCUGUUGGUUGCUAGUUUGUUCAGAAAUUUUUUACUUGCUGAAAGAAUCAUGCGAUCUGCAAAUUGUUCACCAAUUUCAUACCCAAUGCUACCACCUACUCAUCAGCACCACAUGUGGGAUGCUUGGGACAUGGCAGCAGAAAUCUGCCUUUUGCAGCUUCCAACUUUGCUGGAUGAUCCGAAUGUGGAAUUUCAGCCUAGCCCAUUCUUCACUGAACAGUUGACAGCUUUUGAGGUUUGGCUUGACCAUGGAUCGGAGAAUAAAAAGCCACCAGAGCAGUUGCCCAUUGUGCUACAGGUGUUACUUAGUCAAUGCCACCGUUUUCGAGCACUGGUUCUUCUUGGAAGAUUUCUUGAUAUGGGACUUUGGGCUGUAGAUCUGGCCUUGUCAGUUGGAAUAUUUCCUUACGUUCUAAAGCUUUUGCAAACCACGACUCCAGAGCUUAGGCAAAUUCUUGUCUUCAUUUGGACGAAGAUCCUUGCCCUUGAUAAGUCUUGCCAGGUUGACCUUGUUAAGGAUGGUGGACAUGUAUACUUCAUUAGAUUUCUUGACAGUGUUGAGGCUUAUCCAGAGCAAAGGGCUAUGGCUGCAUUUGUCUUGGCAGUAAUUGUUGAUGGUCACAGACGGGGUCAGGUGGCGUGUAUGGAAGCGGGGCUUAUCAAUGUCUGCUUGAAGCAUCUUCAGGGAUCAAUCGCUAAUGAUGCCCAAACUGAACCACUGUUUCUUCAAUGGCUGUGCCUCUGUCUAGGAAAGCUCUGGGAGGAUUUCACAGAGGCACAAGUACGAGGUUUGCAGGCAGAUGCACCAGCAAUAUUUGUGCCUCUACUUUCUCAAUCGCAGCCUGAGGUACGAGCUGCAUCUAUAUUUGCACUGGGUACUUUACUUGAUGUUGUAUUUGAUACAUCUAGGGAUGACAUUGGAGAGGAUGAAGACUACGACGAUGAGGAAAUAAUUAGGGCAGAAGUCAUAAUGAGGAGCCUUUUAAGUGGUCUUUCUGAUGGAAGCCCUUUGGUACGAGCUGAGGUUGCUGUUGCUUUGGCACGUUUUGCCUUUGGGCAUAAGAAACACCUGAAGUCGGCUGCAGCUGCAUAUUUGAAGUCUCAGUCUAAUUCCAUGCUGACUUCCUUGCCUUCUUUUGCGGUCAAGAGUUCAGUGGCAGGUGACAGUCAGUCUAUCUCUCGCGACGGUAGAGUCUCGACAAGCAGCCCUGUUGCAACACCUGGCUUCAUGCAUGGAUCUCCUUUGUCUGAUGGUUCUUCUCAUCAUUCUGAUUCUGGAAGAUUGGGUGAUGCUGUUACCAAUGGUGUUGUUAAUCAUAAAAGACCCAGGCCACUAGACAAUUCAGUUUAUUCUCAGUGUGUGCUGGCCAUGUGUGUCUUGUCAAAGGAUUCAUCACCUCGCGUUGCAGGUCUUGGCCGGAAAGUGCUUUUGAUUAUUGGGAUUGACCAAAACUCGGUCAAGUCAACUGUUGAAUCCACAACAUCCCCUAGCCCUAGUUUUGCUGGAUUGAAUCGAUCGUCUUCUUGGUUUGACAUGAGCGGAGGUGGACAUUUACCUCUGACUUUUAGGACUCCUCCAGUUAGUCCCCCCCGGUCUAGUUACUUAACGGGAAUCCGAAGAGUUUAUUCUUUAGACUUCAGGCAUCACCUAAUGAACUCUCCAGACUCAGGGUUAGCCGAUCCCCUCUUGGGUUCUGGUGGAUCUUCUGGAGCUUCAGAACGCAGUUUUCUUCCUCAGUCAACCAUUUAUAAUUGGAGUUGUGGCCACUUCUCAAAGCCACUCCUUAAUGCAGCUGAUGAUAGUGAAGAGAUCAUUACUAGGAGAGAAGAGAAGGAAAAGUUAGCUCUUGACCUCAUUGCCAAAUGCCAGCACUGUUCGGUGAACAGACUGCAUAAUCAAAUUGCCAGUUGGGAUACAAAGUUUGAGUGUGGUACCGCAACUGCUUUGCUGCAGCCCUUCUCACCAGUUGUGAUUGCUUCAGAUGAGAGUGAACGGAUCAGGGUCUGGAAUUACAAGGAGGCUACCCUUCUUAACAGCUUCGACAACCAUGGUUACCCUGAUAAAGGAAUUUCAAAGCUUUGCCUUGUGAAUGAGCUUGAUCAGAGCUUGCUCCUAGUUGCUUCAAGCGAUGGCAACAUUCGGAUUUGGAAAGACUAUACUGCAAGAGGUCAACAGAAGCUAGUUUCUGCAUUCUCUUCAAUUCAGGGUCUCAGACCCGGUUCGCGCAGUGUGAAUGCUGUUGUGGAUUGGCAGCAACAGUCUGGAUACCUGUUUGCAUCAGGUGAGAUUUCUUCUAUCAUGGCUUGGGAUCUUGAGAAAGAGCAACCUGUUAAUACUACUCCAACAUCUUCGGCGUGCAGCAUCUCAGCAUUAUCUGCUUCUCAAGUUCACGCGGGUCAAUUUGGUGCUGGCUUCGUGGAUGGAUCUGUCAAACUAUUUGAUAUUCGAAUGCCAGAAAUGCUUGUUUGUUCAACGCGACCUCAUCCCAAAGCGGAAAGAGUUGUUGGGGUUGGCUUUCAACCUGGACUUCAACCAGCAAAGGUUGUCAGUGCAUCUCAGGCUGGUGAUAUCCAGUUCCUUGAUAUGAGAAAUCUCAAGGAGGCAUACUUAACCAUUGAUGCUCACAGGGGAUCACUUACAUCUCUAGCGUUACAUCGUCAUGCACCCCUUGUAGCAAGUGGUUCAUCAAAGCAACUUAUCAAAGUGUUCAACCUGGAGGGUGAGCAGUUAGGCACCAUUAGAUACUUGUCCACAUUCAUGGCUCAGAAGAUAGGAUCUGUAAGAUGUCUUACCUUCCAUCCCUAUGAAGUGCUGCUUGCUGCUGGUGCAGCAGAUUCUUGUGUUUCCAUAUAUGCUGAUGAGGUCGCCCCGCCAAGAUAACAAUUUCAUAGCUUCAUCACAAACACUCCGAUUGAGAAACAAGAUUUUCAGACUUCGGUGUUCCUUUGAGGUGGUCAGUGGCGGAUGGAUUGUAGACAUCUUCUGGUCCCAGUCUACCUCUCUGGAACAGUGAUCGGCUCAUUGAGGCUGCUGUUGACAUCUUCUGGUCAGUUGCUCAACCUCUCUGAAGCACUGAUCUGAAGUUGCAUCCUACUUAUUUAUUGAGUUCAGCGGCAUGUAGUGGUGGAAUGUUGAGAAGAAUCUACAUAUUGGAUGGAAGUUAUGGAGAAUAAUUCGAUACAAAGGCAAAAAUAAGAUGUAUAUAUCUUCAUUCUAUUUUGUAAAUACCAGUUUCUCUGGUUAGCUGCUAAAUUCAAUCUUCUCUCUGCUUAGCUACCUUCUUUUCUCCAUUCUAACCCAUUCAAGCCAAUUUGUACAUACCGACUAACCCCCUUUUACAUGAUUUAUAAAAUGAUGUUGGCAAA